AUGCAGCUGGAGCAUUGUCUUUCUCCCUCUAUCAUGCUCUCCAAGAAAUUUCUCAAUGUGAGCAGCAGUUACCCACAUGCAGGCGGAUCUGAGCUUGCCUUGCAUGAUCAUCCCAUUAUCUCGACCACUGACAACCUGGAGAGAAGUUCACCUCUGAAAAAAAUUACCAGGGGGAUGACGAAUCAGUCAGAUACAGACAAUUUUCCUGACUCCAAGGACACACCAGGGGACGUCCAGAGAAAUAAACUCUCUCCCGUCUUGGACGGGGUCUCGGAGCUUCGUCACAGUUUCGAUGGAUCUGCUGCAGAUCGCUAUCUGCUCUCUCAGUCCAGCCAACCCCAGUCCGCUGCCGCUGCUCCUAGUACAAUGUUCCCUUACCCCAGCCAGCAUGGACCCGCUCACCCAGCCUUUUCCAUCGCCAGUCCAAGCCGCUACAUGGCUCACCAUCCUGUGAUCACCAAUGGAGCUUACAACAGCCUCCUGUCCAACUCUUCUCCACAAGGUUACCCAACGGCAGGCUACCCUUAUCCCCAGCAGUACGGCCAUUCCUACCAAGGGGCACCUUUCUACCAGUUUUCCUCCACCCAGCCGGGGCUGGUGCCCGGCAAAGCUCAGGUCUACCUGUGCAACAGGCCACUCUGGCUGAAAUUUCACCGGCACCAGACAGAGAUGAUCAUCACCAAACAAGGGAGGCGCAUGUUCCCUUUCCUAAGUUUUAAUAUUUCUGGUCUCGAUCCCACGGCUCAUUACAAUAUUUUUGUGGAUGUAAUUCUGGCCGAUCCCAACCACUGGAGAUUUCAAGGAGGCAAAUGGGUUCCCUGCGGCAAGGCGGACACCAAUGUACAAGGAAACCGAGUGUACAUGCACCCCGAUUCCCCCAACACAGGAGCCCACUGGAUGCGUCAGGAAAUCUCUUUUGGGAAAUUAAAACUUACAAACAAUAAAGGAGCAUCAAACAACAACGGGCAGAUGGUGGUCUUGCAAUCCUUGCACAAGUACCAGCCCCGUUUGCAUGUGGUGGAGGUGAACGAAGACGGGACGGAGGAUACUAACCAGCCGGGCAGAGUGCAGACUUUCACCUUCCCGGAGACUCAGUUCAUAGCCGUCACCGCCUAUCAGAACACCGAUAUUACACAAUUGAAAAUAGAUCACAACCCUUUUGCAAAAGGCUUUCGAGACAAUUAUGACACGAUCUACACGGGCUGCGACAUGGACCGGCUCACGCCUUCCCCCAAUGACUCUCCCCGCUCGCAGAUCGUGCCCGGGGCCCGCUACGCCAUGGCGGGCUCCUUCCUGCAGGACCAGUUCGUGAGUAACUACGCCAAGUCCCGCUUCCACCCGGGCGCUGGCGCUGGCCCGGGACCAGGCAGCGACCGCAGCGUGCCCCACACCAACGGGCUGCUCUCUCCACAGCAAGCCGAGGAUCCUGGGGCCCCGUCUCCGCAGCGCUGGUUUGUCACCCCGGCCAACAACCGCUUAGAUUUCGCGGCCUCCGCUUACGACACGGCCACUGACUUUGCUGGCAAUGCCGCCACCCUGCUGUCCUAUGCAGCGGCCGGGGUCAAGGCGCUGCCCCUGCAGGCUGCUGGUUGCACUGGGCGGCCGCUGGGCUACUACACUGACCCUUCGGGAUGGGGGGCGCGCAGCCCCCCGCAGUACUGCAGCAAAUCCAGCUCCAUGCUCUCCUGCUGGCCCAACAGUGCAGCCGCUGCCCGGAUGGCCACCAGCAACCCUUACCUAGGGGAGGAGGCGGAUAGCCUGGUCACCGAGAGAUCCCCCUUGCCGGGCGCUGAGGACUCCAAGCCCAAAGACUUGUCUGACUCCAGCUGGAUCGAGACCCCCUCGUCCAUUAAAUCCAUCGAUUCCACCGAUUCUGGGAUUUACGAGCAGGCCAAGAGGAGGCGGAUCUCGCCCUCUGACACCCCGGUGUCGGAGAGCUCCUCUCCCCUCAAGAGCGAAGUGCUGACCCAAAGGGACUGUGAAAAGAACUGCUCCAAGGACAUCGGCUACUAUGGCUUCUACUCCCACAGCUAG